AUGCUGGCCUCGUCGAAGCCCGCUCACUACGUGCACCCUCUGGGCCUGGUGCCCUCUUCAGCGAGUUCUUCUUAUCUUUCGAAUGCUACACAUAGGACCGGGACGACAUCGAACACAAGCGAUGCUGGACUAUUUAUGAGCCCGACUGAAUCGGACUUCUCGGACGGUCGUGAUGGGUUGGAGUCAGUCCGGUCUUGGGACGAGAAGAAAGUCAGUGAAUGGUUGCAUAGCAUAAAAUGUGGCCAGUAUGACACCGUAUUCAAAGCCAACAAUUUCAACGGCGACAAUCUUUUGGAAUGCGACCAAAAGAUCCUGCAAGAGAUCGGAAUCAAGAAAAUUGGGGAUCGAGUACGGAUAUUUGUCGCCAUCAAAAAACUAAGGAAUAAGACAAUUCUCAACCGCAAAAAACACAAUCUAGAUUCUCUCAUGUCCUUAGAAGCUACUGCUUACACGCCUUCCUCGACCGAUCUGUAUGCAUCUAGUCUCCGCCUUCAACAAUCCUCGAACAGCAGACAGUGGUCUCGAAUUGACCCAAUUACUGGACGACCCUCUUCACGGCCUUCGUCACCCCUAACGAUCGAUGACCGAGGCGGCCGAGGACUUCGAUUUGCUACCACCAGCCCUAUAGACGGAUCUAGACGAGAAGGUGCUGGGUAUCUGAGUCAUCCUUCUUCCGCUGGAUCAGGGUCUGGACGCCGCCCUACGACACCUGGUGACGCUAACCAAUCUUUGCAUCUGAGACAAAAUUCUAGCAUUGACGGGUUGACUAUGGGAUCCCUACCUGCUAACUCCCAAGUUAUCCGUGUGAUCUAUACUGGAGGACAGACAAAGGCUUUGAAUGUCAAGGGUUGCAAGUCAUCAGAGGAAGUGAUGGUAUACGUACUUCGAAAAUUGCAGCUUUCUGAGGCACAAUGGCGCAAUUAUUGUUUCUACGUCUUAGACGGCUUGGAACCUGACCCGGCACAUUGCCGACGUGUAACAGAUUCCGAAUUAAUGAAAAUCUGCGAUGGGUCGAAUAAGCCUGAGCGCGGUCGCCUGAUUCUCAGGAAAAUCCAUGCUGGAGAACCUGAUGGAGACGAACUUCGUCGUGCUUCACAGCUCGCUCAUGACGAAAGCCAGGCAACACAUCUCAAUGCCUUGAGUAGUUCAAAUCCUCGCAAUCAACUCAAGAUUCAGCAGUUGACCGGUGAACCAUGGCACAACAUCAAACAGCCAAUGUCUCCUAUGUCAGGAGAUAGAUCCAGACACCCUGCGAGUGAUGACUAUGAACCCUCUCCGACAUCUGCCACCACAGAUCGAGCAUCGUCAUCGAAAUUGCGGUCUUUCUUCGGUGCUCGACCUCCAAGUGAGAUGAUUAUUCACGAGUUGACCUCAUACUUCCCAAGUCAUCAACGUGAGGAUAUUGAAAAGACCAUGCGCCUUUCUGUUCGGAGGUCUCAACGAUUAAGUCGGGCUGCUAGCCGUCUUAGCGUUGUCAGUAACAUCAGUUUCGCGUCCAGUUUGAAGGAUGCUCCUCCAAUUCCUAGCAUUGCCGAUACAUGGCUUGCCGGGGGCCAGUCCAUGCGUGCGCCUAGACCUCUGUCGGUUUCCAAGUUUAGUCUACCUCAGAUAUCUUACCGUGACUCUAUUGCUUCUAGUUCUUUGCAGCCUCUUCAGGAAGAAUCACCCAUUGAACCAGACCGCAAAUCAUAUGUAUCAUUUGAAAGCAGCUCUGAUCAAAUUACUACUGGUGACCCAACUGCAGCUCAGAGAGGCUACCUGGAUGAAGCGCUUAGCAUUGCAGCCACUGAUGGCGGAGGCUCACUGAAUGAACGCCUAAGCUUGAUCGUGGCUGAAGAUGACGACGAAGAGGAUGCUGGCCUGCAAGAUUUCUUGGCUGGUGACAACUUCGCUGCCAAGAACUGGAUGAAGGGCUCUCUAAUUGGAGAAGGAUCAUUUGGCAGCGUCUUCCUUGCUCUUCAUGCAAUUACUGGUGAGCUUAUGGCGGUGAAACAGGUUGACCUGCCCUCUGCAACCAAGGGUACAGAGUUUGACAAAAGGAAGAACAACAUGGUGACCGCGUUGAAACAUGAAAUCGAACUUCUCCAGGGAAUGCAUCAUCCUAAUAUUGUCCAAUACCUUGGUACCUCUGCGGAUGAUCACAACCUAAACAUUUUCCUGGAGUAUGUUCCUGGUGGAUCUAUUGCUGAAAUGCUAAAGCAAUACAAUACCUUUCAAGAGCCCUUGAUCAGGAACUUCGUCCGCCAGAUUCUAGCUGGUUUAUCUUACUUGCACAGCCGUGAUAUCAUACACCGUGAUAUCAAGGGUGCAAACAUUCUCGUGGACAACAAAGGAGGAAUCAAAAUAUCUGACUUCGGUAUAUCCAAGCGUGUGGAGGCAUCCGCGAUGUUGGGUUCCAGUGCUGUCAGUGGAAGAGGCCACUUGCACCGCCCAUCUUUGCAAGGAAGUGUUUACUGGAUGGCUCCUGAGGUCGUCCGCCAAACAGCGCAUACGAAGAAAGCCGACAUUUGGAGCUUGGGGUGCCUUGUCGUGGAAAUGUUUAUUGGCGCUCAUCCUUUCCCAGACUGCAGUCAACUUCAAGCUAUCUUCGCCAUUGGUAACAAUCAAGCAAGACCUCCUGCCCCUGAGCACGCAAGCAAGGAAGCUAGAGCGUUCUUGGAUAUGACAUUUGAAAUAAACCAUGAGAAGCGGCCUAGCGCCGAUGAGUUGCUGGAAAGUCCAUUCCUUGCAAUGCCUGUCGCAUGA